GCGCUGGCCCGCGGCUGCCUGCACUACCAUGGCAACUUCUUGGCGUUCUUCACCCGCCAUCACAUGAACCUCAAGUCUUGGUACGGGGACGACAUCCCCGUAUCGGUGCUGCUCACCGACUGGAGCCAGGACAUAAUGAAGGCGAUGCACUUGGCCAUCCCCGCGAUCGCCCGAGAAAAGCUGAACCAAGUGGCAAACACCGUGUACCAGAAGCUGGAUCAGCUGUGCCAGGGGAAGAUGUAUUCCCGGAUAAAGGGACGGCCCACCGGCCCUAGGACACCCCGGACCGCGCACCGUUCGAACCUGACUUCCCUCCUCCUGCCAACCCCCAUCAGGGUAUUUCCCCAAGGAGCUUCACGCAUCUUCUGGGAGCGGGUGCACCGCAUCCAGAAUGCCACCGUUGAAAGCCGCAUUGAUUGUCAGCAUCACUGUGAGGAUGGGGUGGGCACAACUGGCCCUCUGAACUCAGGGCCACAUUGGCUCCACACCCUGUGUCCCCACAGGUUGCCGAUGCAGUGGAACACAGCUGUGCAGGGCUUCCUCCUUUACAUCCUGAUAUCACCAAGCUUCAUGGGUCUAGAGCCCCCACACCUCAUCAACCUGACACUGGACAAUGCUUCUGAGUGCUGACACAGCGCUGAUAGCCAUCCGGCCCACUGGACCCACCCCAGCUGCAGUGUGGGGCCAGGACUCAGCUGGGCUGUCCCAGCCUAACUCUGGAGCAGGCUUGCUGCUUUCUGGGGGUCCCUGCACAAGCCCAUCAGAGCCCAGUCAGGGCCAGGGCUGGGAGGAGGGGAUGGGGGGUGGAUUGUAUACAGCAGAUGCUGGGUGGGAUCAGAACUAUAUGAUGGAUGAUUAAAUGUCCCUGACACUUCUACUCAUGGAGCAGUCCCUGUAGGGGCAGGGAGAACCAUGUGAGGCCCGAGCAAGAUACAUCUGGUCAUGGGCACAGGGUCCAAAGGUCCGUCCCCACACCAAUUUGAUUGUGAUGUGCCAGAGCGUACCUGGGCAGGCUCACCUGGAAAGGAGCCUGGGAGCGAGAUGGUUCUGAUGAUUCAAAGGGAGACAGCAGUCUAGUGAGACAGGGUUGGCUUCAGUGUAUCAUGGGGCUCAGGUCAUCAGGUCAUGUGGGGCUGAACCUCAGUCCAAGGAACCCUACAGCACUGCUUCGAAAACACUCCACAUGGAUUGUGAUCCAGGCUGUAUAGCUGUUCCAAGACGGGAGGGAGGCUCUGAAAUGCUGCCCUGAGAGGUACCUUUCCUGCCUGUCAGUCUGUCCUGAGCAGGCACUCCUUUCUCGGCCUGGGUGCUGUUUCCCUGACUUCCUCCUCCAGCUCCCUCUUGUUCUUGUGUCUGGAGGGGGAGAGUGGGGGUUGAGUCACAGGCCUUUUGAGGACCCCACACAUGCUGCACAGCUUCCUACUGAAGUUUCCCUGACAGAAUGCUAGCCAGAUUUUCACCUGUGUGUUUAUCCGGUAGGAUUUAAACAAAACAGCAUGAGAGGCUCAGGUGAUAUUUGGAUAGACUGUCAAAUAAUGGAGUCAUGGGACAUCUUCAAUAAACACAGGGAGGGGUGUGUGCCAGGAGCAGGGCUGGCUGAUCACCAGGAUCCUGGUCACCCCGUCACUGCUAUUUCUACAUUGGCCUUUGACUUUCCAGCCCGAGGGCAAUGCAAGGGGUUGGUGUGCUACAUGAUGCACUUUUCCCCACUGAGAAGUGGAAAGGGCCUGCUGGCUGACGGUGGUAGAGGCAGGACUGGCGAGGCCUUUCUCCCCACUGGUGCUCCAAGUGGGGUUUAAUGUGGGGCUGAUCUCCAUCCCCCUACACUAGGAGAUUCCAGUUGUGAUUGAUUUGGGCUCUCUGUCCACUGACCCAGCCUGACCGGAUUUGAGUCACCCUGUCCAUGCGUUGUCAGGAAAAGCCAGUGGCAAUGUGGUGAAUUAACAGCAGCAGGGCUUUCCUUCUAGCAUCUGCUCCCGCCACUCACCCAGCACACCUCUUACCAGUGCGGUUUCUGGGAAAGGGAAGGUGAUGGCCACUGUGUGGUGUUGGACCCUAUUACUUCCAGUCCAGGGACCUGGAUGGCAUGGGGAUCAUGUCACCUCCCGAGAGGAUGAGGGUGUCCCACAGCCCCCCGCAACCUCCCUGCCACCAGGGGAUGACCCCCGCCAACAGGUAAAUGCCUAUUUUGCAAGUUUAUUGGAUCGUCUUGACACAAAAUCAUGACAGCAGCGUGAUAUGUCUCCUUUACAUGGGAAUGUUGAUAGCAAAUUCUUAUAUAACACAUCAUACAAUUUCGAGAUUCUAGAAUCACUGCACAGGA